CAACAAAGCUUCAGCCAAGAGCACGACCGAGAAAGACACCAAAGAUGACAGAGACUAGACUGAGAAGAUUGGAAGAAUAUAACAAUUACCUUCGAAAUCAACUCAACAUAUCAAGAAUUACUGUCUCAGAAGCAUCUGCAAGCUUAAUAGAUUAUUGUAAUAAUAACAAGGAUCCUUUACUGCCUUUCAUUUGGGGACCAGUACCUAAAAAUGAAGACCCAUUUGCGCCUCCUGAAAGUGGACAGUGUUGCACAAUAAUGUAAAAUAGAUCUUUUGCAACAAGUGUAGACUCUUUCUCUCUCUCUCUUCCCUUCCCUUUUGUUCUUUCUUAAACAAACCUAGGUAAAGAAAAAAAUACAUACUUAAUUUAUACCUGUCAGAUUUACCCCGUCUCUCUUUUGUAUUUUAUAAAAUAAACAUAUAAAUC